AUGCCACCGGCAGCGGAGCCAGACUCGCUGAAAGCACGAGGAAGCCAGUUGACAACAUACGCCGCCAAGCACCCCCACAUUCGGAUCCCAAAGGAGGCCCGAGAUUUCCUGAAGCAGUUCCCCAUCCUCCCAGACAAAAGCCCAUCCCCUAGAGGAUCUAGGAGCCGGCGUAGAGGACAGCCGAACGCCUACCCCCCAGAGUGGACUGUCGAUCCCGACAAAUUUCGUUCGGACCUAAGCUCGUUCAUCAGAACUGCACGAGCAAAAGCAACUGGCACGCCAGCCGUAUCCACACCUACAGUGCCAGGUGCAUUUCCGAAGGAGAACACUGUAUCCUUCGCGGAACCAAUCCACACGGUCAUUCAGACACUGCCAAGACCCGCCAGCGCACCUCCAUCGACGGAAGCGCCCCGGCGUUUCAUCAACAAAACAAUAUCAACUACCGGAGCCUCUACGGCCGCGCUGGCAAACAUGUCCCAACAAGCUCCUAGCUCACAGGGACAACAGCGGUGCCCUAGCCAGCAAUGGGCCCCAGCGACCACAGCCGUGGCACAGCCAGCGCAGACUACGACCGCAUGUCCAAGACUGGCACCGAGUCCGCCGCUCAUGUUUCAACCAACUGUGACUCAGCCAUAUGAAUUCCCCGGCUAUCAGGCCGUUCCAAACCCCUACUACAAUCCUCCUUCAGCUAGCGCCGAAGAAGUUGCAAUUCUACGCAACCAAGUGGCUGUCCUACAAAAGUCAGUGGAUAGACUGGGGGCCCUCCAGCAUUCAAUAGAACAGCUCAUUGCUCGCUCAGGAUUCCAGCAGGAGGCCCCGUACCAAGAUUUGAACCAACACACCAGCGUCCCCGGCCAACGGGAUAACAACAGUCGUCGUAUCCCUAUAGCUAACAAUCAUGACGAUCCCGACCCAGAUCCAGAUUCAUCUGACAGCGACGAUGACUUGGAUGGGUCAGAGACUAGAAGUAGUCCCCUCCUAUUUCCAUUAUUGCCUCGCUAA